AUGAGCAAUUUCCAAGACACCUCAACUCCCCAGCACCAGGAGAAGAUGGAUGUGGCCGGUGAUACACCGCUGGAAGUGGACGAGAGGUCCAAGGUCUCUACUUCCUCCAGGGCACAGGAUGCCUUUGGCGAUGAGGAAUUCGCAGAGGUCAAGUACAAAAUCCUAAAAUGGUGGCAAUGCGGUGUUCUCAUGGUGGCCGAAACAGUCUCCCUGGGUGUCUUGUCUCUGCCUGCUGCUGUUGCUAGCCUGGGUCUAGCUCCUUCCAUCGUUGCGCUACUCCUCUUGGGAAUGCUGGCAACCUAUACUGGCUAUGUGAUCGGACAAUUCAAGUGGAAAUACCCCCAAGUCUGCAACAUGGCCGAUGCAGGGGAGGUGAUCGCCGGCAGGAUUGGCCGAGAGGUCCUUGGUGUUGGCCAGGUUCUGUUCCUGGUUUUCGUGAUGGCUAGCCAUCUGCUUACCUUCAUCAUCGCUGUGAACGCCAUCACUGGCCACGGGACAUGUUCUAUUGUCUUUGGUCUGGUCGGCUUGAUCAUCUCAUUCAUUUGCUCGCUGCCUCGUACGCUAGUCAAGAUGUCCUGGCUCUCGUUCGUUUCUUUCGCCAGCAUUCUGUCAGCGGUGAUUAUCACGAUGUUUGGCGUGGGCAUUCUGCAUCCCGGACAAGGUGUGGAAGCCACUGUACCUACUGACCUCACUCAUGGCUUCGGCGGCAUUACCAACAUUGUCUUUGCUUUCUCUGGACAUGCCGCCUACUUCGGGCUAGCAGCGGAGUUGAAGGAUACCCGGGACUUCCCCAAGGCGCUAUGCCUCCUGCAGACUUUCGAUAUCUCGCUAUACAUCAUUGCAGCUGUCGUGAUAUAUCGGUACGGUGGUGCAGAGGUGGCCUCACCUGCUUUGAGCUCCGCUAGCCCCAUGGUGUCGAAGAUCAUCAUUGCUGGCGUAAUCAACGGCCACGUCGCCUUCAAGUACAUCUAUUUGCGCGUUUUCAGCGGCACCGAUCGGAUCCACAAGCGCGAUUGGAUUGCCAUCAGCUCCUGGGUCGGUAUUGCUUUGGGCUUGUGGGUGAUUGCGUGGAUCAUCGCAGAAGCCAUCCCUGUCUUCAGCAACUUGCUCAGUCUGAUCACUGCCCUCUUCGCCAGCUGGUUCACAUUCGGCUGUAGUGGCGUCUUUUGGCUAUACAUGAACCGUGGCCAGUGGUUCUCAUCGCCAUGCAAAACCGCCCUGACAAUGCUCAAUAUCCUUAGUUUUAUUGUGGCUGCGUGUUUGUGCUUUCUGGGAUUGUAUGUCUCCGGCAAAGCGAUCCACGAUCAUCCUAGUAGUAUGAGCUUCUCGUGCGCGGACAAUGCGACCUGA